AUGAGUCAUUCGAUUCGAAGCGUAAGCAAUUUUCCCAACAAAAAAAAAUUCAAAUAAAUUCUUUGUUAUCAAAAGAAUCAAUGGAUACCUUUGAUUUUGAACCACCAUCAAAAAAAUCAAAAGACGGUUCGGAAACAAUGGUCGACACCGUGUUUGAAAAGGAGAUCUAUUUAAUUCGGAACAACUCGAAAAAGUUGUAUUUGAAUUCAAAGACGGCCGACGUAAACUUUGUGUUUGGUGCUGGAACUGACCAUGUUGAAACUGUUGCAGCACACAAAAUCAUCCUGUCAAUCAGCAGUCCAAUGUUUGAUACGAUGUUCUUCGGUUCACUGCCCGAACAAGGAGACGUCCCAAUCGUUGAUACAUCUCCCGCGGCGUUCAAGGAAUUCUUGCAAUUUUUCUAUUUGAACAAAGUUCGACUCACAUCCGAACACAUCAUCGACGUGUCCAUUUUGUGCAAGAAGUACGGGGUGACUGAAGCGUUGAAACUCUGUGAAGAGCCACUGCAAAAGUCAUUCACCAUUGAUGAGAUGUGCUCUGGUUAUGCACUGGCCAUUCUACUCGAGAUAACCAACACGAUGCAAUUCUGCGAACGAGAGAUCAUAAAAAAUGCGGAGGCAAUUUUGAAAUCGACCAGCUUUUUGAAAUGUAAUUGCGACACGUUCGACAAGAUCAUCCAGCUGGUGACAUCGAAGUGCAGUGCAUCGGCACUAGUUGAUGCGUGCAUGGUCUGGGCCAAAGCCGAAUGUGUACAACAGAAUCUGAAAGAAACCACAGCAAAUCUCAAGGCUCAACUGGGACAAUCGUUUGGUCGCAUUCCAUUUGCUGAAUUGAACAAGGAACAAUUCGAACAGUUUAUGACCGAUUACAGUGAUCUUUUGGACAAGUCAGAUUUGGCUACAAUAAUUUCGAAGAUGAUGACCAAGAAGGAAACGGAAGAACAAUCGUGCAGCUCACUGUUCGCAUCGAAUGAUGAUCGUCGAGUUGCUAUCAAUCGCCAGAAAGAAGUCGUCAAAUACGAGAUAUGUUCGUCUUUUGUCCAUAAUUCCGAUUCUGAUUCCUUCUAAUGAAUGUUUUGGCACCAUGUCCUUUUCUUGAUUCAAUGAUGUUUACGUUUGAUUUAUUCUCAUAAACGUACACGAAUUUCAACGUCAGCGUUAUAGUUUAACAUUUAGAAUUCACAUACUGAAUCAGCUUGUUUUAGAUUAUAAUAGCUUUAAGUGAACGUUGAAGGUUCCAAAUGUG